CAAGAACAGGACCGACGCCACUAAUCCUUCCCACCGGACUCUGACACUGCAGCGCAAGUACCGAGCGUACGACGUCCGAUGGACCUAUGUUGGGGUAAUGCGGGGAGAUAAACAUGAUGGAUCCCCCACGUCCAGCAGCACAUUAUACGACGAAGAGCCACCCACCAGCCGAAAUAAUACGACUGCAACUCUCGAAAGACCUGUCUGUAGCUUGUUACGUGCUGGCAAAGCCUCGAAAUCGCCGCAAUACUGCUCGCCUGCACUCUACAACUCCAGAAUCAUCCCGACGACCGUGCCUACGCUCGAAUUACAGGCAGCCAUGCCCGACAGACAGAUCCAGCUCGUCCGCCUCGCGCACGUCUUUUACAAGCACAAGAACAUCGAGGCCGCCCGCAAGUUCUACGAUGACUUCGGUUUCUUCGAGUUCCAGCGCACGGGAAACAGAACCUAUUAUCGCGGCUACGGCACAGAGCCGUUUGUGAUAUGCGCCAUCGAGGCGGCCGAGGAUGAGUUCGGAGGUCCGGCGUUCGUUGUAGAGUCGAUGGCGGACCUCGAGCAAGCCUCCAAAACGCUGCCAGACGCGACAGAAAUCUACGACCUCAAGGACGUGCCGGGGGGCGGUAAAUGUGUCAGCUUCAAGGACCCGGUCGACGGCUGGCCGCUCCAUCUCGUCUACGGCCAGACACCCGUCGAGAGAGCCGACCCGGGGUUUCCUAACCUCAAGUUCAACUUCCCGACAGAGAAGCACCGCGAGGUCAACCACAAGCAGCGCUUCACGAAGCGCCCGGCGCCGGUGCAUAAGCUCGGCCAUUUCGGCGUCUGCCUGACCAACUUUGACAAGGCGUACGAGUUCUACACCAGCCACUUCAACCUCUACCCCAGCGAGCUCGUCCACGCGCCGGACAACAAGGACAAGAAGGUGACAGUCUUCUUCCGCCUCGCGCGCGGUAAGGAAUUCGUCGACCACCACUGCUUCUUCUUCUUCGAGGGCCCCAAGUUCCAUGUGCACCACUCGUCGUUUGAGACGCACGACUUCGACACGCAGGUGCUUGGGCACGACUGGUUGAGAGAGCAGGGCCACAAGAGCUGCUGGGGCGUGGGCCGGCACAUCAUGGGCAGCCAGAUCUUCGACUACUGGUUCGACCCCUCGCGUUUCAUCAUGGAGCACUACGUCGAUGGCGACCUGCUCGACGACACAGAGGAGACGCACCACAACCCGGCAUCGCCGGACAAUCUCCACAUCUGGGGGCCCGAGGUGCCGGCCGACUUUUUGCAGUGAUCGGAUCCAGAGAGGGAGGAUUUUUCUUCUUUUCAUCGCCGCGAGAACAUGUGACAUAUCCUGUUUUAGCACGACACUGUCGUGAUGGCCUCCCUCAAGUGGAGCCAUUCACCCGGACCGAACGGAUGCGCAGUAGCCGGAAUAACAGGUCCUCUUGUCCUGCAUCGUGACGGUUCCGCACGCGUAUUGAGGCAUGCUGUCGCCCGGCACAUAGGUAGUAGUCUAGGAGAAUUAAGC